AGGCAGUAGCAGACAAAUUCCCCCCUCAAAAAACCCUUUUAAUUUUUUUCCGCUACAAAUUCUGCUCAAUUCCUGCUCCUCGUGAACUUCACUCCACACCUUAUCCUCUCCUAUCUCCUUCAACAAUGACCAACACUCCCCAAAACCCAUUUCAACAACCACAAGAAAACGAAGAAGAUUACCAAGAACAAGAACCUGAACAAGACCCAGAUGCUAACAACCAAUCUUAUUCCUCUUCUGAUUCCGAUUCCGAUUCUGAUUACGACUACGACUAUGACUACACCCCAGGUCAAGACGCAACUUCCUCCUACACCAGACCCGGAGACGAGCCGCCGCCGUCCGACAACACGCCGGCCAUAAACAUAGCAAGAUUUUCCCAGGUUCUAGACAGCGAAGAUAUGAAAGAAAGUGAAGAAGAAGAGGAAAAAAAGUACGAAUAUUACGAAGAUUUGUUCAAUUUUCCCGAAGAUAAAGAGAAUUGGAAAGAAGAAGAUUUGUUGGAGCUUUGGGCGGAUGCUCCAUUGGAGAUGACUAAACCGGGCUGGGACCCGGUUUGGGCUGAUGAGGAAGACUGGGAGAUUAUGAGGAAAGAAGCUAAAGAGGGGAGGGACCCGCCAAUUGCUCCCUUUUAUUUGCCCUAUAGACCGCCUUAUCCUGUAAUUCCUGAUAACCACUAUGAUAUUUCUAAUCCUAAAGCUGUUAUUGAGGAAUUGGAUCGAAUUGAGGAGUUUCUCACUUGGGUUAGCUACAUUUUCCGCGAUGGAAGCUCGUAUGAAGGCACUGUUUGGGAUGACUUGGCUCAUGGCAAGGGUGUAUAUGUUGCUGAACAAGGACUAGUCAGGUAUGAAGGUGAAUGGCGUCGGAACAAUAUGGAAGGCCAUGGAGUUGUUGAAGUUGAUAUACCUGACAUAGAGCCAGUGCCAGGUUCCAAGCUUGAAGCACAGAUGCGCGCUGAAGGGCAUAUAAUAUCAAGAGAUUUUAUGUCCCCCGAGGAUAGAGAAUGGCUGGAGAUGGAUAUUGAAGAUAGCAUUGCUUUGGCUGGGGGAGAGUAUGAAAUACCAUUUUAUGAAAAUGAUGAGUGGGUCAAACAGUUUGGGAGUAAACCGGAAAAAGGUCGGUACCGAUAUGCUGGCGAAUGGAAGCAAGGCAGAAUGCAUGGAUGCGGCGUCUAUGAAGUGAAUGAGCGUGUAAUUUUUGGUAGGUUUUACUUCGGAGAGUUUGUUGACGAGGCAACCGACUGCGAUGAGGACAUUUCAGCGUUGCAUUCAGGAUUAGCAGAAGUAGCUGCUGCUAAGGCUCGAAUGUUUGCUAACAAACCAGAUGGAAUGGUCAGGGAAGAGAGAGGUCCCUAUAGUGAUCCUCAACACCCCUAUUUUUACGAGGAAGACGAUGUGUGGAUGGCACCGGGUUUUGUGAACCAAUUCUAUGAAGUUCCUGAUUAUUGGAAAAGAUAUGUGCAUGAUGUGGACCAGGAAAGAGAAAUGUGGUUAAAUUCCUUCUAUAAAGCUCCUCUUAGAUUACCUAUGCCGUCUGAGCUCGAGCAUUGGUGGUCAAAAGAUGAAGAACCAGAAUUUAUUAUUCUUAACAAGGAACCUGAACCUGAUCCUGAAGACCCAUCAAAGCUCAUAUAUACUGAAGAUCCUGUCAUCCUGCAUACCAAAACUGGACGAAUAAUAAAUUAUGUGGAGGAUGAGGAACAUGGUAUACGCCUGUUUUAUCAACCACCUCUAAAAGAUGGAGAAGAUUUGGAUAUUGAGAAGGUCGAGUUCUUACCCCUAGGUUUUGAUGAAUUUUACGGAAAAGAGACGGUGGUGAAGAAGGAAAACUUCUGGCAGCGAGUUCUAACUUCAGUGGAAAAUACAUGCAAGCCGGUGCUUGAAAACCUUGAGAAAUGGACCGAGGAGAAGAAAAAAACUAGUGAGAUGAAAAUAAAGCUGCUUGAAGAAGAACGUGCACUGGCUGAGGCCGAAUUGGCUCUAGAAGAGGCGAUUGAGGACAUGGAUGAUGAGUUGAAGAUGCAAGAGGAAGAGGAAGAGGAAGAGAAGGCUGCGGAAUUGGAUUUGCUGGAGAAAGAGGAUAUUUCUACAUUACCAACUCAAGCUCAGAAACCUAUAAACGAAGAGGAAGAAGGGGCUGAAGAAGAGGAAGAGGAAGAAGAUGAGGAUGAUGCUGCACCAUCGAGUUUUGGAUCUGUAGUCCAAGAUGGGGACCCCACAAAGCGUGAUCAGAAGGAAAAGAAACCUGGAGAAUCUCCUUUCUCGUCAUGUACACUGUCACUGCCUUCUUGUACCUUUCUUUCAGCUAUUCCUUCUGGCAUACAAAGAUCAUUUUCGGCUUGGAAGAACAGAUUGCCUCAAAAACCAUAUCUCGACUUGCCUGCAGAAUCCCAUGAUGUUCUUUCUGUAAGAGUUGGUUCUGUCAGCUUUCCCACCCGCAUUGGCCAAAAGGGAAGCUUAAGGGCAAAAGGUUGUACUAAUGAGAAGUUAGGAUUAAGUCACUACUCGAAUGGAAAUGUGUCUCAGUUACGAUCCUUAUCUCGGAUUCUCUCGAAUUCCUCAGCUUAUGAAAAUCCAAAAAGGAGGCUAAAGAUGCCUCUGAGACAAGAGAACCGUAUUUGGCUGCAUACAGCACCGGUGGGCGAUUUGGACAAACUUUUGUCAUUGCACAGCCAAGUGUGUUCCUCAGAAUCACAUACUGAAACAACCAUUUGUGAGCAGUCUUUUUCUAUCUUUAAAGGUUAGGAAUUUUGAUUCUUUUGAAAGAACAAGGCCAAUUUCUGUAGACUACAUGUUUUGGGGAAAUUUUGGAGUGUAUUUUUUAGCCUUUAACUAGUUCAUUGAGAAGGAUAAGCACAUAGAGACCAGAUGUUGUAUUAUCCAGAUGAUAAUUAGAAAGCUAAAUUUUUCAUGAAUUAAUUGGAUCAUAAAUGAAAAAUAUCAGAGAAUAUCGACUUUUUUUAUUGAUAAA